AUGGUGAAUGUCACGCUCGGGGAGGAUAAAGUGGUGUUUCAUGGCAAGAGCAGUGAGAUAUGUUAUUCCAUGACCUCGCCAAGCUACCUCAUGCUUUAUGCGAUAAUAUGUGUUGUUUUGAUAGUGGUUGUAAUUCUCCAUCGAUGGAUAAAGUCACGCAAGCGGGCGCCUCCUCCGCCAAAAACGGGACUUUCGACAAGCGCCACAUCAACCUCUAAGAUUGGCAAAGGUUCUGCCAGUACUAGUGGAACUGAUAAGUCCACAGGAAGCAAGGAAAUCAAAUCCUCCACCACAAGAAAGAAACCUGAAGAAAAGAAGGCGGCGAAGAAAAAAUGA